AUGGCAGAAAUUGCCAUUUUCGCCGCUAAAGCAGUUCUCAAACAAACUAUACUAGUAUUGGGCAAUCUAGCUGUCCAAGAAGGUUGUCGCAUGUCAAAGUUGAAGGAAGACAUGGAGUGGAUCGAAAAUGAGAUGAGUUAUAUCCAAGCAUACCUAGAAGAUGUUGAUGAUGCUAAUGGCGAGCAAAGCGAAAGCAGAGUGGAAGCCACCUUGCUGACCAAUAUUAGAGUCCUAGCUUUCGAUGUAGAGGACUUUGUGGAGACUUACUUUCCUCGUAUAGGAUCAUUAUACGAGAGGACAGGGUGCUUGGGAAGUUGUCUUAAGAGUGCCACUUGUGUUUUAUGCCAUGGCUUUGCAAUUCAUAACCUUGUUGUAGAGAUUGAAGCGAUCAGAAGAAGGGUUGAAAAUAUUGCUCGCGUUAGAAAUGCUUAUGGAACCAAUAAUAGUACCAACAACAGUGGAAGAAACAUAUGGGAGAAAAGAAGGCAUUUCCUUCAUCAUGAUGAACCAAUUGUAGUUGGUUUUGAUGAACAUAUCAAAACAUUGAUGGCUAGAGUGAUUGAUCCUGAUUUGAAGCGUCAUGUGGUCUCAAUAGUUGGUAUGCCAGGACUAGGCAAGACGACUCUUGCUAAGAAAGUUUUUGAUUCGGUUGUAAAUGAUGAUGACUAUAAUUUUCACCAUCGCUUUCAGUGUUCAGCGAAGGUUUAUGCUUCUCAAAGGCCCAAUGUAAAACAUCUCUUGCAAGACAUAGCAAAACAAGUGGGCUUGGCGAAGGAGAAGUGGGAAGAGAAUGUGGAGGCCAAUCUUUCUGCAUAUUUGAAGGGCAAAAGGUAUGUAAUCUUGAUUGAUGAUAUAUGGGACACCCAAACAUGGGAUGAUCUUGAAAAUGGCAUUCCUAAAAAUUGUAAAAAUGGUAGCAGAAUAAUCAUCACUUCUCGAAACAGAGAAGUGGGCUUGUCCAUAUGUGGGGUUAGCUUUCUAUACGAGCUACAACCCUUGAAGCCAAAUGAAAGUUGGAACCUUUUUUCUAUGAUGGUCAUGGACCCUCUGGAAAUUACCACCGACACGAUUGAGUUCCAAGAGUUAGAACCUCUUGGUAGGAAAAUUGUAGAAAGAUGUGGUUUUGUACCACUUGCUAUUGUGGUAGUAGCUGGUUUGCUACUUCGUAAAGAGAAAACCGAACAUGCGUGGAAGGGAGUACUUGACAACAUGGGUCAAGACGAUGAUAUGUGUUCAAAAAUCUUGGCUUUGAGUUACAAAGAUUUGCCCAUUCAUUUAAAACCAUGCUUUCUCUAUUUUGGGCUUUUUCCAGAGGAUUAUGAGAUCUUUGCAUUCGAAUUAAUUAACUUAUGGGCGGCGGAGGGAUUUGUACAAGAAAAAGGACAGCGCACGCCUGAGGAUGUGGGGGAAGAUUACCUUGAUCAUUUGGUUGCUAGGAACAUGGUUCAAGUUGCUAGGAGGAGAUACGAUGGGAGGAUUAGAACUUGUCGUAUUCAUGAUCUUCUGCACAGUUUAUGCAUUAGGGUGGCCACCGAGUGUAACUUCUUUAACCCUCACAACGAUGUAACUGCCAUUAAUUCUGCACAGAAAGUUCGUAGAGUCACAAACUACCGUAAUAGUGUUAGGGAAUACAUUUCUUCUAAUCUUCAAACUCCAAAGCUUCGUACCAUGCUAUCUUUUCUUGGAAAAGACUGGAGCUCACCUAGCAGGAAACAAGUUAAGGAAUUUUUUAAAGGCUCUAGAUUUCUUCGAGUGCUAAGCGUAGAUGGCCAUGGCUUUUCAUUCCCUCUUCCAAAUGAAAUUGCCUCGAGGUUGUCUUCACAUGGUCAGCAAAUGUAG